UCUUAGCCACCCCACCGCAGUGAGUGCCAGCGAAGUUGCUGAUGUUUUGGUUUUGGUCUAACAAAAGCUGUGAUAUUGCUAAAGGAAAUGAUAUGUAUUAAUGAUUUUUAACUUAUAUAACCAUGGCAUUUGUUGAUGAAGAUCUGAGUAUCAAAGAAAGGUUUUCUCUUUUGCUGCUUGACCCUGGUGAGAUAUACUUUGAAGACUUCAGUGUUUACUUUUACCCAACUGGUCUCAAGGCUGUAUCAGAAGAGGAAGCAAUAAGAAGGCGAUGUAGAGGAAGACUGAAGAUCUGUUCAAAGUCCGUUGUAUUCGAUCCUCAAGAUGUCUCCCAACCUAUUAUGAAGUUUCCUCUUAGGAGUUGUAUCAAGAUCGAGGAAUGGAACCCGCCACUCUUAUCCAAGAUUGGAUCAAAGCGGGACACUCUUUACAUCCAGACUUCCCAAACCAUUCAUAUGAAAUCUGACAAUGAAAUAGGACCUUACAACUUUAAGAAGGGUGAUAGCCGGUACAUUUUCACCUUGAACUUUGGGGCAGCUGAAGAUGUGGUACAUCCUGCUAAUCAGCUGGCCAGAGCAGCCACUCUUCCAAUGGCAGAUCAAGAUGCCAUGAUUGCAACUAUUGUGUACUCCAGGCAGAAGAGGGUGAAGUUUGACACAAGUCGUUUGGAGAGUCUGUAUGAGACCAUCGUCGUGGAGAUGGUUGGGGAGCGCAUCACACCGCUGGUAGUCAACCCUGGUCGCAUCAUGGUCACAUCUACUAUCCUGUACUUCCAGCCAUUCAAUAAUGUAGAGCCAGUGCCUGUCAUGAAGAUAAAGCUUUCUGACAUCAAGAGGCUUGUAAAGAGGAGAUUUUUGUUGAAGCAUGUGGGGAUGGAGGUGUUUUGUGAUGAUUCAAUCCGAUCCAAUUUAUUCCUUGUGCUUUCUAAACCCGAAGAGAGAGAUGAAUUAUACAGAAAGGUCAUUGAACAACCAGGUGUCAGCUUACAAGAAUCAGGACAAGAGAACAUGAUGCUACUAUGGCAGAAUAAAGUUAUCUCAAACUUUGAUUACCUUAUGUACUUAAACAGUCAAGCUGACCGUAGUAUCAAUGACAUCACACAAUACCCUGUCUUUCCGUGGAUAUUAGCAGACUACACAAGCCUUGAACUUGACCUCAGUGACCCUACGACCUUUCGUGACCUCAGCAAACCGAUCGGUGCCAUUAAUCCCAAGCGUCUGGAGAGAUUCAGGGAGAGGAGAAAAGAUAUGCCUGAGCCCAAAUUCCUCUACGGUUCUCAUUACUCCACCCCUGGGUAUGUCUUGUACUACUUGGUGAGGGUAGCUCCAGAGCAGGCUUUGUGCUUACAAAAUGGCAGGUUUGACCAACCAGAUAGACUCUUCAAAAGUGUGGCUGAAACCUGGAACAACGUCCUAUCUCUCCCUUCCGAUGUCAAAGAGUUGAUCCCCGAGUUCUAUCAGCCUGAGAUGUCUGAUUUCCUGAUAAAUCGGAAGGGACUCAAGCUGGGUACGUGCCAGGAUGGUUCGACAGUCACCAAUGUUGUGCUGCCACCUUGGGCUGAUGAUGAAGCAGACUUUUGUAGGAAGUGUCGUGAGGCAUUAGAAAGUGAGUACGUCUCACAUCAUCUUCAUCAAUGGAUUGAUCUUAUCUUUGGUUACAAGCAAAAAGGGCCUGAAGCAGAGCAAGCUGAUAAUGUUUUCUAUUAUCUCACAUACGAAGGUGCUAUAGACUUGGAUAGCAUAUCAGACCCAAAUGAGAAGGCAUCCAUGCAAUCCCAGAUCAUGGAGUUUGGACAGACUCCAAAGCAGCUGUUCACCAAGCCCCACCCUGCACGUUUCUCCACACCGGUGGCAGCGGUGGGAUUGCCAGAGCAGGUAGCCACCCAAAGAAGCAAGCAGUCAUCACCUCGCCCUGAGGACUGCUCAUCCUCAGGAAGUCCACUGCAAGAUGUGACUGAGGGUGUUCCCACUAGCUGGGUGAAUCAAAGCAAUGUCUUGGCAUCACAUGCCUCCCAAGAUUCAAACUCACAUCAUACAGGUACUUCAGACCCUUCUCAUGGUCAGCCAUCUACCCGGUCACCUUGGGAAAGAAUAUCACAGCUGCAGCCAAGUUUCAGUUAUAAAUUACAUAAAGACUCUGUGUGCGAUCUAAAGCUUUCAAGUAACAACAACACAGUUUUUUCAGUAUCCAAAGAUACACAACUGAAAAUGUACUCAUUAGAAGACCAGCGUCAGCUACGGAGUGUCAGCCUCUCCAACAUGGCUCUCUCCAGUGUGAUCAUCACCCCCGACGACAAACACGCACUCAUUGCAUCGUGGGAUAACUCUAUCUAUGUAUACUCUGUUGAUUAUGGGCGUGUCUUAGAGGUAAUCCCCGCCCAUGAUGAUGCAGUCUCCGCCCUCUGCUGGCAGCAGGGCUCUUCAAUCUUUGUGUCCGCCUCUUGGGAUUCGACCGUCAAACUAUGGGCGUGUGAGGGCCUUAAUGGAAGUUCUCAGAAGAUUGUAGCUGAUGUUCUUGCCGAGCUGGAUCAUGAUUCAGGGGUGACAUGCACAGAUCUGAGCCAUGAUGGCAGUCUACUCCUGACGGGAACGAAAGACGGCGAUGUCAACCUGUGGAACGUUGAACACCAGGUGGCGCUACGUCACAUACAGAGCCACCAUGGACCCGUCAAUGCUGUGAUAUUCAGUCCAGAUUGUCAACAGAUGGCUUCUGCAGGUCAGGAUAGCUACAUCAGAGUGAUUGAUGUAAACACAGGGACUGAGGUGUUUGCUAAAGAUGGUGAACAUGAAAUAAGGUGUUUAUGUUGGCGAGAUCAUAUUCUUCUAGCUGGUGAUGGAGGAGGUAACCUCAUGAUAUGGGAUAUGGCCAAGGCUCACUUAGUAGCAUCAUUCCAUCAACAUAUAGGAGCAAUUAAUUGUAUCCAGGUAUCAUCUGAUGCUUCCACGGUGCUCACGGGCGGUCAGGAUUCGAAGGUCAUAGUUUGGAAGAACUCAUGAGGAUGCGCCAACAUUGAGCUUAACCUGCACCAAAGUUCCAAUGGCACAAAAAGCUACAUUUACACCCGUUUAUUCACUUCAAGCAUGCUGAAUCACUGUGGGUACACAGGGCAUGACACACUGAUAGUACAUACUGAUAGUAAAGCAGAACCACGUUUUGGCCCAGUGUUAUAUAGCAUUGGGUUUCUGCAGAACAGUGCAAUUGGAUGUGUAAAAACUAUAUACCUUAGGGUUUUCUUGCCAUAUCUUUGGAAUGGAACAGGUGUCUUGUACACUGCAUGUUGCUUGUGUUGUACUAUCUGUUUUUCUUUGAUAUAGUUGCACAACUCAUUUUCAACUCACCGUUCAUCUGUUUAAUCUACAUCUUUAUAUGAUAUAUAUAUUUUUUGUAAUGACCAAUACAUGGAUCUGCAUGUAGUUAACCACUUCCCAACAAUGUACAGAAAGCCCACAUAAAUGAUAUUUUUUUUGUUGAAUUGAGCAACAUUUUUUCAUUUACACUUUUUAUUUUAAUGACAUGUGGCAUAUUAUACUUCAUUGCUAUUCCCAAGCUAGGGAAUAUGCACUUAAAUCUGGAUGAAAAUGAAUCAUAGUCGUAUUUGUAAGAUAUAUGUAUGGAAAUUGACCAUUAAAUGCAUUAAUGUGGUUUACUUAAAUAUACAGGUACACUAUGUAUUUAUUUAUUUCAAGAACAAUCUGUUAUUUCAGUUAAGUCUGAAUGAAUAGGUUCUGACUACUUGUAUUCUGUUUAUGGCAUUUUCUGCAUUUAUUCAAAUGAACUGGUAGCAUUGUUCAUGGGAAAGAAAUUUAUCUGAAGCAUGUUGACCCUGUUUUGUGGUAUGUUCCGAGUUUUUAUCUGUUGUAUACUUAUACUGAAAAUAUCCUGACUCAGGCUAAGAAAGAUACCAAAGUCAAAUUAUAGUCUGUAAUUUAGGUCACAAUAAAUAAUUUUCUAGCUGCGUAAUAUAUAUUUUGUACUAAUGUUAUAUUUAUUGCUAAAUUGACUUUAAUUCAAUGAAAGAAUUCUGUAUUUGGGCAGAGUAUCGGAAUUCAAUUCCAAAAUGUUUUAUAUGUGAACAUUCCAUACCUAUUAUCUGUUGCAUUUGCAUUUAAUGAUUUAUUUUUUAAGAUUGUAUUUUUUCUUUUGAAAGCUUAUUUGGUUUUUUAAAAGUAAUUUUCUGCCAUAUGUCAUUUGUUAUCACAUAAUUGUUUUAUUUGUUUUAUUUUACAAUGUAUAAUGGUGGAGGUUAAGAAAACACAAGUGGGUAGUUAUAUAAUUAACUGGUUUGUUGAUGCAGGUCCCAUUUUUCUCCACUUGACUGCUCAAGAAACGUUUAAAGGAUUUAAGAGCAUUGCCACUUUUUAUAUGAAUAAAAAAACAGAGACAAUUUAUUUCAGUGAGGUCGCCCAAUGUAGGGGUUGGAUGUACAUACAUAAUGAAAUUGCCCCAUUUUGUGAUUACGAACAUUAUUGGAAACUGUAUUUCACUUCAAUAAUUCAUAGAUCCAUCUAUGAGAGAUUUUGAUUUCCCAAAUCUGUAAAGUGAUGUUGAUAUAUAUUUUAUGAUGGCUCUUUUGUAGCUCUAUGGAGCAGGUCCAAGCUAUUAUUUCUUUGCUGAUAGUUCAGAGUUCAGAGAAUUAUCUAUUGUUUCAUUAUCAGUGUUUCAUUAUCAUUUCAAUACUUGUCAUGACCCUUUGUAGAAUAAAAUUUACAAAUUGCUAAAGGAUUU